GUAGCAGUUGCCAGUUGCUAAUCUGUCGUAGUGUGACUCGGAUGUACGAUGGAAAAUAUCUCUAUACUUUAUAUGGGUUCCUUUUAAGAUUGUGUGGAAUUACCUAUAUUCAUUAAGAAAUGCUCAUGUUGUUUGACUCCGGAUGAGGUGGUACUAACUGUUGACCCCGUCCUUCAUCAUACUCAACCACUCACCCACUCCUAGCAUCCCAUAGACCUUUCAAGCCUCAUCCCAGCAAAUACAGUGUGAUCUCUUCACGUCCAUCCCAAAAGCAUUGUAAGAGAAAAGCAAACAUGUUUCUUUUACCUGCAGCAGGUCCAUCACCACAAACACUAGAACGAUGCAAAUUUGUCUGCAACUUAGUAAAGAAGACCUUUUCGGUGUCUUACGAACACCUGUCUUUGUUGAAUGGCAGAAGCAUCGAGGACUUCUGUUUCCAAGAAAAUGCUGCAAGAUAUAUCAUAAGUGUAUUUAACACCAACGAUAAAGAGUUGAUAAUGUCAGGGGUAACCCCAGAAAAAAUGGACAUAAAACUUUUGUAUAAGUUAUUACGGUAUGUGUGUGGCUUGGCUCCACGGGAAAACCCCAUUUGGAGUAACAAAUCUGGCGCUCUAGAGUUUCUCAUUUACUUUGCUUACUCAGAGACAAGGGCACUGAAAGAAGCUGCUGCCUGCACAGAACAAAAUAUCAAUCAGCGACUUGACAAUUUACAAGAAUAUCUAGGACAGAUUCUUGACAUAGUUAUGGAGAGGAAAGAGGUAAACCUUGAUAACAUUAAAAGUGAGGUACUGAAACAACAUACUGAAAGUACAAUAGGCCACAGUAUAAUAGUAUCCUGCUCCACGGAUAUUUCUUAUAUGUACAACAUAUUAACCCAGCAUUUAGUCCAUAGAGUGUUUGUAUUGGUAUAUAAACAACUCAGUGACCUUAAUGGAAAAAAUGUUUGUGACUACAUCAGGAAAAAUAGUAAAAUACGUAGGCCAAUGGUAUUCUUUACUCCUGAGGAAAAAGUAUUAUUAGAAGAUUCCAGUAUCCAACCAGAGAAAUUAUCCAUUUGCCUAUUACACAAACUCCUUCCUCGUGUGUGUGGUCUCUUGAACCAUAGUGAGUGGGCCACAUCCCCAGAUACUAUAGAGUUCUACCUUCACUGUAUUAAGCAAGAAAAUGAUAAUGUAGGAAUGUUAGAUGGUCAGUCAUCUCAGAACCAUUCUCACCAAUUGUAUAGAAAUGUGGAAAAGAUUUUGUACUUGCUUGGGAUAAAAAUAAACAAAACAAAAUAUGACUUACUGAGAGAGAUGCCAGAUGAGCCAAGUGAUAUGGAUGAUGCCUUUUUGUCUCCCAUUGCUCAAGAAAACCAAAAUGAUCAACAUUCCUUCUCUCACACAAACCUGCAGCCUGGAACUUCCUCUGAUACAACCCCACUGAUUGAAUCUCCUCCCAAGAAAAAUCGACUGUCUUCACCUCAGUUACCUAGUGAGAAGGCACCUGUUAGAACACUAACAUCAGAGGAUGUUAAUAUUUUACACUUGUUUAAAGCACUAUGUACUGGAAGUUCAGCAGCAAAUACCAUGAUUAUAGUUUAUGAGGCUCUUAAUGGUGAUAUCAAUAAGGUUGAGCAUAAGAUUAAAAAGAAACAUUUCACUGUUGUUGAGCUAAGCCAGUUACAGGGAGAUCUUAGUCGAACAGACAUUACCUUACUGUACAAACUUGUAAGGUUUGCAUGUGACUUGGCACCACCAAAUGACCCUAUUUGGACCACUCAGGGGGACAAUCUUGAAUACUAUCUUGCCUCUGUCAAAAAAAUGAGGAAUGAGCUGGCUCAUGACAUUACAUCCCUAACAAAUGAAGAGCUGAGAAAAAAAAUUGAGAAUCUAAUAAGUCUGUUAGAAAAUAUCUUGAUUAAAACCGGUAUAAAAUCGAAUAGAAAUUUGCAGGAUAAAAUUCAAGAAAUGAAAGAUGAAUUACAACCACUUUCAAACCCGCCACAAGAUCUACCAGACAUAAACAAUUAUUACAAGAAGAUGAAGGAACUUAAAGAAGAGUUGGAAAGUCAGAUUGUACAAGCUGCUGAUAAAGAACUGCACAAACAAUAUGAACAGCCUCACUUUAAAAACAUUUCUCCUAUUACUUGGUGUUACGUCAAUGAACAUAAAUAUCUAACUAUAGACAAGCUGUUUACAGAUUUAGAAAUUACAAAUGAUAUGCAUGAUAAAACUAAUAAUGCAAAUUCCUGUGGAGAUGCAUUGCUUUCUGUGUUACCUCAAGAGAAUGAAGGUAUAGGAUCCAGGAUUAUAAUUGUUAAGGGUGUUGCAGGGGUAGGAAAAACAUCCCUGUGUAAAUAUCUUGUUCAUCUCUGGUGUGCCGGUCAAAAACAUAACAAUCUGAAAGGUAUUGAUUUACUCAUUUACAUACAGUGUAGAUAUGUAAACACAUCUUCUAUAUCAACAUACUUGAAAAAUAACUUGCCAAAUACAUUUAAGUAUAUUAAUAAGGAUGAUAUCAUUCCUCUGCUGCAAGAACCAAGAGUGCUAUUCUUAGUGGAUGGAUAUGAUGAAGCUCGCAGCGAAGCCAAGGACCUUGUGGCAGAUAUCCUUAAAUCCUUUCCAGUAUGUAGAAUGAUCAUAACUUCAAGACCACAGUGGGUGCCAAAACUACAAUCUAAAAUCCAUGAAACUACUUCACAUUGCAUGGUGUUCAAUGUUAAAGGAUUUAAAAAAGAGAAACGUGACCAGUUUGUUCAAAAGCUUUUCACUGUUAUGCCAGGAACUAGUAAACAGCAGAGGGAGCUGUGCAACCAAUUCUUCGUUUAUCUUAAUGAGCUGAAAGAACAGUUUGAAGCAUUUGUAAAACUGCCUCUGACACUGGCACUCAUGGCUCUGCUGUUUAUAGACGACUCUGUUAGUGCAAUGGAGGCACAGACAAUUUCACAGCUCUACCGAAAACUCACAGAUUUUAUGCUGAAGAGGCUUGCUUCUCAACUGAACACAUCUCAAGAUAAGAUUCGCGAGUGGAUGUUAGCCCUGGAAGAAAUAGCAUGGAUUAAUCUAAAAAAUAAUCAGCACCAUCUUAGUAACAGAGAUGUAAUUAAACUCAAGAGGAAAGGACAAAAACUUAAUGUUGAUGGUGCAAAGGCAAUUUCUUCACUUUUGAAUUGUGAGACCCAAACUAGCUUAACAGACUACUCUGAGGUCUGGACAUUUACUCACAACUGUCAACAGGAAUUUUUUGCAGCUGAGUCUAUUGUUGAUGAUAUGAUAAUGAAUGAUAAAUCAUUGAAGGAUAUUUUAGGAUUUCAUGGUCAUGAUAGUGAAGAUAAAAAGCUGCAGAGAUUAAUUCAAGUAAUAGAGUUCAUAGCAGGUUUACUGUCUUUCGAAAAGGAAAUAACGAGGGAAAUUGCAAAAGAAAUUAUUGACAUAUCCUUGGUGCAUGCCCCUUGGUCCUAUACUUCAGUAAAAAGAAUAGCUCAUGACCUGUUUUUGGAGAAUCCAGACCUGAAAGACAUCCUAACGAACAGCUUUAUAGGACAAGAGCUGAUGGAAUUCCUUGAUGGGUAUGACCCUCAAAGUGUAAUAUGGAUUAUAGAGAACACAUCCAUAGGUAUUCCUUCUAGAGUCCGCUUGAGGAACACUAUUACCACUGUACUCCAGAUGGGGCCUUUAUUAAAAUUACUGGUUGAUAAAACUUGUCUCCCUAAUGUGAUAAUUGUCUUGGAUCAUGCUGGAGGUGUAAGUAAGGCUAUAAACUUUAUAAAAGGCCUUAAUGAGUUGCCAGUAACAUUCACUCUACUAACAUGGAAUUCCAACUCGCUCAGUGAACUCAUUAACACUUGGCCUUGGUCACAGCCUCUGCAUUUGUCCUUCCCUGUUUCUGUUUUCCCCCUUCUCUGGUGGGAAUUAGUCAUCUGUUUAGUGAAAAGUGGUCUAACACCCAUUAGCAUUGUGUACAGUAGCAGCAACUGUCGCUGCCGUACGCUGGUGGAGGAAGGAACAAGAAUGUUGGGCACAAUUUGCAAGACUGAUAUUUCACUGCAUACUGGUGAUAUCAUCAUUUCUGUUGAAGAUGGUGAUAAUAGUGUUGACAGAACAUAAGUAAUUGCCAAGUUUCUUACUAGUUGCUAAAAUGUGAUAACCAUUUUUUUUUUUUAUAUACUGUACAGUACAAUAUACUGUACAAGUAUUUAUAUAGUACUGUACAGUAGUUACAUACUGGCUAUACUGUACUGUAUACGUGUACAGAACCUGUAUAUAUGUAUUUAAAAAAAAUAUUUUACACAGUACCACCUGUAAUCCCAGUGUCAAUCUUGUGAUUAUCUAAUGUUAAUUAAUAUGUCAUUUAAAAGAUGUGUUUAGAAAUUUCUUAGAAAGUCAACAUGGAUAAGUAUCCUAUGUACCUGAACAGUAUAAAUAUUCCAAUUUAAAUUUAUGUGAUGUAGGAUAAUUGAUCUUUGGGAGAGUUAGGUCAUGAUUAUUUUUGAAGACAAAAUGAUAAUGAAAUGUUGCCUGUAACACAAUGCUCUCAGAACCCUGGAGUAUGUUAAACACAUUAUAGGUCUUAUUGUGAUGCUUGAUUGUACAGUAUACAGGUACUGUAUUGUUAUUCUUCUGUAUGGUAUACUGUAUUAAUGUCAAAAACUGUUCCUUGAUUCAUUUACACAUUAUAUUGUAUAUGUAUUAAAAAUGCUGUUCUUAUAAUUCAAAGUACAGUACAGUACUGUAUAUUAUCAUGAAGACAUUGUUGCAUGAUUUAUAUGUACAGCACAUUAAUAACAGAAGCAUUGUAUUGUUUAGGUUGAAUCAAAGUUGGUUCUGUCACUUUGGAUAGGUUUGGGUAGAUUUGACUUUUACUAUUGCUUACUUUACUUUUUACUUUUAGCCUCUUUGCCACUGAUCGGCUAGUUAGCCGCUUGGGCGGUCAGUCAUGUCUCUGUUAUGCAUUGUUGGCAAGUACUGGGCAUGCAC